CAAGAAACCUACAUUACGGUUUGAUGUGCGUUGUCAUGUCAUGUGAGAUGGUCCGAUGGAGCCGCUUUUAAGCAUUCACGAGCACCAAUAUCCGCAACUCCACGAUGAGACGGCGACACUUCUACGGAUCCUCAUCUCCUCCCCCUUUCCGACCUCCGGAGCUUCUCUAGUCUAAUCCCAUGGUGUCCGAGUAAAUAAUCGGGGUUAGGGUUUCAGAAUGGAGUCUGAGCUCAAAGACCUCACUUCGACCAAUCAAACUCUAGAGCCAGUCGACGAGUCUCACGAGGAGGUCCCAGGUAAAGACGACCGCCCAUUGUUGAAAUCUGAUUCAAGCGUGAGCUCUCCUACCAUCUCUGCUGAGAGUUUGGAGGAGCUUGAUAAGAAAUUCGCAGCCUUCGUUCGGAAAGAUGUCUACGGGACGUUGGGCAGAGGUGAAUUGCCGUUGCUGGAGAAAUUCCUGCUGGGAUUCGCUCUCGUCACGCUCGUCCCCAUCCGCUUAGUUCUCGGAAUCGUUAUACUGGUCCUGUAUUACUUGAUUUGUCGAUUCUGUACGCUUUUCUCCGUCCCGAAUCGGGACGACGAGCAGGAGGAUUAUGCUCACAUGGUUGGGUGGAGAAGAGCCGUGAUUGUUCAGUGUGGGAGGUUUCUUUCGAGGGCAUUGCUCUUCACUCUAGGUUUUUACUGGAUUAAUGAGUCGUAUCGGAAUCCUCUUGCAGUGGAUAAAUUGGCGAGCGAGAAUGAGUGCAAUGAACAGUCUGAACAACCUGAAAGACCUGGGGCUAUCAUAUCUAACCAUGUCUCCUACUUGGAUAUUUUAUACCACAUGUCUUCUUCCUUUCCAAGCUUUGUUGCUAAGAGAUCAGUGGCUAAACUUCCCCUCGUUGGUCUCAUCAGCAAAUGCCUUGGUUGUGUCUAUGUCCAGCGGGAGUCAAAAUCAUCUGACUUUAAGGGUGUUUCAGGGGUUGUGACAGACAGAGUUCAGAAAGCCCAUCAGAAUAAAUUUGCUCCAAUGAUGAUGCUUUUUCCAGAGGGCACAACCACAAAUGGGGACUUUCUCCUCCCGUUCAAGACUGGUGCCUUUUUAUCAAAGGCCCCAGUGCUUCCAGUGAUCUUAAGAUAUCCAUACAAGAGACUCAGUCCAGCUUGGGACUCCAUAUCUGGGGUACGCCAUGUGAUUUUGCUUCUUUGUCAAUUUGUGAAUCACAUUGAGGUGACAAGAUUACCUGUGUACCACCCUUCAGAGCAAGAAAAAGAGGAUCCAAAACUUUAUGCUAAUAAUGUCCGCAAGUUGAUGGCUAGUGAGGGUAAUCUUAUUUUGUCAGAUAUUGGCCUCCCUGAGAAGCGAAUCUAUCAUGCAGCACUUCAUGGUUUGUUUUGCCAACGCUAAAUCGGAUUCGCGAUCUGUAAAUUCUCUUUGUUUAAUCCUAUUGUUGGGGUGGGGGUGGAAAAAGUAAAAUGAAAAUUAUGGCCGUAUUGAGCAAUUUUCUCGUCCUACCUUGUAGAUUAGAGAUGUUUAGAGUUCUGAAAAAAAAAAAGACAAGGAAAAGAAAAGCUUAUGGGCCUCUGGAGCUAUUUCCAAGGUGGUUGGUUUUAUAUCUCCACUCUCGGUUACCAGAGUCCUGUGCUUUAUAGUAAUUCUCUUCCAUGCCUACACCUCUAUCAUUCCCAUUUUGGUCCGGUAUAUUGCCCAUUCAAACUUUGUAAAGCAUAUUUGUUCUCCUAAUAUGGUAAUUGUACCCAAUUCUGUUAUCAACUUUAUGUGCUCGAAGGUGGCAGCAAUGUGCAUUAGCAGGUGUCUGAGCUGGUCAAUGUGUAAAGAUGGGAGGUGGAGGUCAGAGUGCAUGAAGAAGGGGUUAUUUGUGUUGUUUGGGUUAUUUUUUAAUUUUUUAACCUUUUGGUAAAAGGUCCAUAUUUCUGUAAUUUCGUGAACAAAAGAAAGAAAAAAGAAGAAUUAAACAUCAAUUUCACGAGUGAUGCA